GUUGCUCCAUGCAGCACAAGUGGAAAGAAAACUCUGCGUUUAUUGAAGAGCGUAUUACCCAAAUUGGGUAGGACUCUUUCUUCAACCCCAGUAGCUUCCCCACAGUCUCCUGUGAUAAGGGUUUUGAGGGUUGUUGGAUCAAAGCCCUCCUUUUGCUUUUGGUUAAAUGUUGUAGGUGACUAGACAAAUAAGGUAAAAGAUAAGCAGAAAACUGCAUGCUAUAUCAUCGCCUGUGAAUAACCAUGGCAGAAGAUGAUAUAUACACAAAGGAUGGCUCAACAGAUAUCCAUAAAAAACCUGCCAUUAGGAGGACUACUGGAAACUGGAAGGCUUGCUUCUUCAUUCUUGGAAAUGAAUGCUGUGAAAGGUUGGCAUAUUAUGGGAUGAGCACCAAUCUGGUGAACUAUCUUCAGAUUCGUCUCAACCAGAGUAAUGUUACUGCAUCAAAUAAUGUUACAAAUUGGGCAGGAACCUGCUAUAUUACACCAUUGGUUGGGGCCUUUUUGGCGGAUGCCUACUUGGGAAGAUACUGGACAAUUGCUAGUUUCUCCAUCAUCUAUUUUCUUGGCAUGACACUACUAACACUGUCAGCAUCUGUCCCUGGACUAAAGCCAUCCUGUGAUGGCAUGGUUUGCCACCCAACAGGAUCACAAAGUGUCAUUUGCUUUUUAGCACUUUACCUCAUUGCUCUUGGGACGGGUGGAAUUAAGCCCUGUGUUUCAUCCUUUGGUGCGGAUCAGUUUGAUGAAAAUGACGAAGAUGAGAAGAAAAAGAAGAGCUCCUUCUUCAACUUCUUUUACUUCUCAAUCAACAUUGGGGCUCUUAUUGCUUCAUCAGUUCUGGUUUGGAUACAGAUGAAUGUAGGCUGGGGCUGGGGAUUUGGCAUCCCUGCAGUUGCAAUGGCUAUUGCAGUUAUGAGUUUCUUCUCUGGCACACGUCUAUACCGACACCAGAAUCCUGGAGGGAGCGCUCUGACCCGGAUUUGCCAGGUACUUGUUGCAUCCUUCAGGAAAAUAAAGGAAAAAAUUCCUGAUGAUGGAAAUCUUCUCUAUGAGACUACUGGUGCUGAGUCAGCCAUUAUAGGAAGUCGCAAACUUGAUCACACAAAAGGGAUGAGGUUCCUAGACAAGGCUGCUGUGGAGACUCAAACAGAUAAAAUCAAAGCCUCUGUGGAUCCAUGGAGACUCUGCACUGUGACCCAAGUAGAGGAAUUGAAGUCCAUCAUACGGUUGCUCCCAAUAUGGGCUAGCGGUAUUGCCUUCUCAACUGUGUAUAGCCAGAUAAGCACCAUGUUUGUUUUACAAGGUAACACCAUGGAUCCACACAUGGGUCCCCACUUCCAGAUCCCGUCAGCAUCCCUCUCCAUUUUUGACACCAUCAGUGUGACCUUCUGGACCCCAAUCUAUGAUCGUAUUAUUGUGCCACUUGCGAGAAAGCAUACAAGCCAUAAAAAUGGCUUCACACAGCUUCAAAGAAUGGGAAUUGGUUUAGUUAUCUCCAUCUUUGCCAUGUUAGCUGCUGGCAUUCUGGAAGUUGUGAGGCUGAAUAUGGUAAAGAAGCACAACUACUACGAUAACCAGUUCUUGCCUAUGUCAAUCUUUUGGCAGAUCCCACAGUACUUCCUCAUUGGAUGUGCAGAGGUAUUUACCUUCAUUGGACAGUUGGAGUUCUUCUACGAUCAGGCGCCCGAUGCCAUGCGGAGCAUGUCCUCUGCUCUGUCACUCACGACUGUUGCAGUGGGAAAUUACCUAAGUACUCUGCUUGUUACCAUCAUCACUAAAGUGACCACUAGGAAUGGUAAGGUUGGCUGGAUUCCAGACAAUUUGAACAGAGGCCACCUGGACUACUUCUAUUGGCUCUUGGCAGUGCUUAGCGUGAUUAACUUUGUGGUAUAUCUGUGGAUUGCAAACGGGUUCAAAUAUAAGAGAGUUGUAGGGGUUCCAAGUUGAUGGGUGUAUCUCAAGUCUUGACCCAACCAAUGGUAGGGGUGUCAGAGUUGGUAUAUAGAUAUAUUUAUUUUCUGGUUGAAAGUUAGCUUAGCAUUUUAGCCAUAAUUGUGCUUGUCCAGUUCUCAAAUUUCUGUUGAAUGCUUUGGGGGUUCAAAUGCAUGUGAAUUUGUUAGGGAAAACCUGUUAAAUUUUUAGUCCUGACUGAAGUG